AAUGUUUCUACCGUUCAUUAAACGGACUGUUUUUUAUUAUAAUUUAUUGUUAUAAAGUAAAUUUUAGAAAAGUCACCCGGAGCUGUUAAAAUCUUUAGUUGCACUAUUUUAAAAGUUGUUAAAAAUUUAACAUAUGUGUUUUUGUGGUUCGUUUCACCGUAGGUAUAAGUUAAAGUGAAAACUGAAACCUGUGCUUAUUAGAGCUGAUGAACAAAAUUCAUACACGACAUAGCAAACUAUUAUGAAAAAUUUAGGUCAUACAGACAUGGAAUCUUUACCUAAGCAGUUUGUUUUAGCAAUGAGAACACUAUUCGAUAUAAUGGAUGAUAAACACACAGGGUAUGUAAAGUUAACAGAUAUCGAAAAUCGAUGGCGCGAUGACCGUACUAAAGGCCUACCCCGUGGUGUUAUUGAAAGUCUUCAAAAGGUUGCUUCGCAUGAUGGUCUAUUAACAUUUGAAAGUUUUUGUACUGGCCUCAAAAUUUGUCUGCUACGGAACCAAGUCCAAAAUGCGUCUAGUAAAAUAAAUACAAUAAAUGAAGGUAUUGAUAAUACUGGUAUUAAUUCUCAAAUAAGUACGAAUAUACAUCGGCCUCCAUCAGCCCCAAUAAUUGAUCUAGACAAUUCACAUAGUACCAGAAAUUGGAAUUUAAUGAGAAACGCUGGAAAUUCAACUCAUCGAACUACUAGCAUGCCUCAACUAGUUGAAGAUAAAAACAAUGCUCUACCUGAGCUAUUGCAAACUGGGAAAGUAACUUCAGUAUCUAAGCAUGACACAUCUCAAUCUCUUAAGAUUUAUGGUCCUCCAAAGCCUCCAAGACUAGAGAAAAAUGCAAUGGAAAGAAAAGAAACUUCUAGAAGUAUUUACAAAUCGGAAGAGGCGGCUUUAGAGAGUGAUGAUAUAGAAGAACCUAAAUUGGAUUUUGAAGAAAUAACAAGAUCAAUAGAAGGACAAGACCGUGGCCUCGGUGAUGGGCGAUCUGCUAAUGGAACACAACCAAAUCUACGAAAGACAUCGCGACGACGAGAGCCUCGUCGGCACACCCUACAUAACGGUGUAGAUUAUAACUUAUUAAAAAAAAUGAAGCAAAUUGAACAAGAAAAAGACGUGUUAUUACAAGGAUUAACAGCUGUAGAGGAAGCACGAGAAUGGUAUUUAAAACAAUUAACUGAAGUGCAAGAUAAAAUGCGAUACGCAGGAAGAAUGGGCGCAUAUGUGGAACCAUGGAAUGAAGCACAUCAAGAGCGCUUAGAAUUACUACGUGCAAGAAUCUUGGAACUAAAUCGACAACUUGGGGCACUGGCUACUGGGUGGCGCCACGGACCGCUGUCUUUACACAUGAAUCUUGCUUUGCCAACAACGUUGAAUACUUUGCCAACACCUAAUAAUGCAACUGUUCUCCGGUCUCAAAAUCGAAUGCUAGCAGAGGAAGUUAAUCGCAAGAACGAAAGAAUAUCAGUCCUAGAAAGAGAAAAAUCAGCACUCAUCAGAGAACUUUUACUACAAAGAAAUAGAACAAAGUUAUUAGACAAUUUUACAUAACUAUGUUUUCAAUAUUAUUAAUUUGCGAUGUUAAGACUUAGUGC